AUGACGGCCAUGGAGAUCAACGAAGAAGAAUGUCUUGACUUCCUGUCCCGACUCAUCCAGCACAAGAGCUUCUCGCAGACCGAUGGCGAGAUAGCCACGACCGAGUUCAUGGCCAAGUCGCUGGCGGCGAUCGGUCUAGAUACCGGUAUUCACAAGUUCGACGAGGGCCGGCGGCAGAACGUGAUUGGCACCUGGAAGCCUACCGCCGGCCAGAGGUCUUUGACGGCCAAGAGUAUACUCUUCAAUGGGCAUCUGGACCACAAUCCCGUCUCGGAGGGGUGGACAGUCGACCCGUGGGCCGGCAAAGUGGACAAGGACUUCAUCUACGGCAUCGGCGUCAGCAACAUGAAGUCUGGCUGCGCGGCGUACUACUGCGCCGUCAAGACCCUCAAGCAGCACGGAUGGUCGCCGCGCGCCGACGUCGUCCUGACCUACGUUGUCGGGGAGCUGCAGGGCGGCGUCGGCACCAUGGCCCUCAUCGAGCAGGGUCACAUCACGGAGGACACGGCGGACUGCUUCAUCAACUGCGAGCCGUCGGAUAUCCGUGCCAUCACCAUGCACUCCGAGGCCCUGCACUUCAGCAUCGUCCUCAUCGGCGAGACGAGGCACAUGUCUGCGCGCGAGGAGGCCACCGAUGCCAUACUUGCGGCAUGUGAGCUGAUCCCCAUCCUCGACGGUAUGAAGUUCAACGGUGCCCGGAGUCCCGAGCAUGAAAAGUGCAACAGGUGCUCUGUCGGUGUCGUCCACGGUGCCCUCGGUCGCCGGCUGGAGGAGUGGAGGCCCGCACAGGUCGCCGACGUGUGUAAGCUCGAUGGCAGUGCGCGGUAUGCACCGGGACAGACACAGGAGGGUGUCAUGGCCGAUAUCCGCGCGGUGCUGGAUGCUGUCGCAUGCAAGUUUCCGGGGAUGCGGUACGAGCUGAUGCAGCGCACGGAGCCGACGAUGCCGGCAUUCGAGGCCAACGCCGACUCGGACCUGGUACAGUCGCUUAACCGUGCCUAUCUUGACAUCCGCAACACAACCCAGCCGACGGGUGUCCUGCCGCCGACCUGCUUUUACGGAUCUGACGGCGGGCAUCUUUACAAGUCUCUUGGAAUGGAGGGUAUCAUAUGCGGCCCCGGCGGCAAGUACAAUACUCGCCCUGAUGAAAAGGUUGAUAUUGCUGAUUAUCUGGACUGCAUUCGCCUCUUCAUGCGGGUUAUUGUUGAUCUCUGUGGGAAGUAA